UCCCAGAUCAUAUAGCUUGAUUUCCGCACUAGCCUUAACGUACGUUAUGAGUUGUACUGCAUGUAUUAUCUGAACGAAUGUUUGUGAUCGUGUUAGUCGUAUGACUGACGGUGAAUGCAGAUUGAAACGGUGUGACACAUAUUUAAGUGUGUGAUUAUGAUGAGUAUUGUUAUUGUUGGGUGUUAUUGGAUUGUUGUGAUGAUGGAAAAUAAUAACUGAGUUUGUGCCCAGCAAUGUCGAGCAGGUACCCAAUAGUGGUGCAGGGGGAGGCUUCUGAAACAGACUCGGAUGAUGAGGUCUACAUCACUUCACUCCCGGCCGCCCAGACUGCAACAGCAGGAACAAAGGUUCCUGGGGAGGCGGCAGAAACGGACAGUGAGGCUGAGCAGGAUGCAGCAGACCGACUCUCCGUCAUGAGCCAGGAAAGCACUCAGAUCCUGAAGCGAGACCUGCCUCCUCUGAUCGUGCUGCGGGACCACCCCGAUAUCCAUUCCAUUGUGGAGGACAGGCCAAGCCCGACACAUAAGCCACAUGGGGCAGCGGCUGGAGCGAAGAGGCCCGGACUUCUCUCUCCUCAGAACCUUCCUCCUGCUCUUCUGGGUGAAACCUUGUUACAGCAGAAGUUGCAGGAGUCCAACUGUCGUCUCUACGCUGACGUCAGCCAGAUGCUGCAACAUGCUUAUGGCAGCGCCAGCCGCGAGGUGCGCGGCGCCACAGCGCAGCUCACCGCCUCGCAGAGCGGCAUCAUCAACGCCUCCCACAGCAUCCGGAUCAUCCUGGACGACCUGAAGGCCGUGUCUGAGAAGAUAGACAUCAUCACCAGCUGCCAGAUUUUACCAGACAUUCAAUUCAAUAGUGCAGAAAACCAUUGUGCUCCUGUGCAAUAAACUACUUUACAUGUUUGAUUUUUUUAUUUAACCUCACUGUUUUCACUCGGGUCUAUGUUUUGGUCGCCUGAUCUUGUCAGAUUUUAAAACAUAUUCCAAUAGUAAAGCACCUUGUAAUGAACUGUCAAGGUUUAUUGAGGAAUAAACAGAUGUGAACUGAUAUAAA